UAUGCGUGUACUUGACCACGCCUCCUUGGGCACCGGCUUCGUAGAGAAAAAAGAACGAAGGAGAAGAUAGGCUUUGCACUGCCAUAAAUGUCACGUAUUGUAUUCAUUGUUCGCCCUUCGCCCUAGCAUGGCAUCGCCAGCAGCUCUAACUAUAGAGAGUGCUAAUAGUAACUCGGACCGGGCGGCUCUGGGCUCGAGUUUAGGCAGCCAUCGGUCGUAUGGGACUGUGAAGGAGCCUUCUUCAGCUCUGACGGCCAGCGGGAGGCUGUGUGGAGGCUAUACGGAGCACACGGUGGACGAACGGGACACUCUGCAAGGACUGGCGCUAAGAUACGGCGUCUCGGUCCACCAUAUCCAGAGACUAAACAACCUGUGGGACAGUGGAUCAAUCCACAGUAGAACGACCCUCAAGAUACCCAACUCAACACUCACUCCCAGUCCCACUCUCAAAUCAAAGAAACAGCAACCAAUGGCAUCGUCUCUUCAAGACAUUCACCAAGUCAGCGACGGCAGAGGAGGAGAAGGGGAGGAAGUUAAGAGGAAACCGACAGGUCAACGAGGGGGUGGGGCUUCAUACGAGCCGUUCCAGGAAAAAUCGAUUGCUAGCUUGUUGACGGCAGCUGAUGAAAGGAUCAUGGCAAUGCAUAGGUUUAACGAGAAAUUGGCUCUGAAAAUGUCCCGUGUUGUCACUCUUUGCCUCAAUUUCCUGCCAUUUUGCUGCUCCCAACUGAAUGUGUGCAAUAACUACAUCAUCACAUGCACCGUAUACACUGUACACAGGGCCCACCUGAAGCAGCCAGCAGACUCCUACAACAGACCACGAGCAUCUCUCUCACCAUCUGACCUCUCAAUCCAUUCUUCCUCCUCUCCACUCUCCUCUCUGGAGGUCAUAGUGGAGAGAGGGGGUAGCAAGAAACGAAGACAGAGAGCCAAGGAGGGCUCGGAAUCUCUCUCUUACUCAAGGGACAUCAUUGAAGAUCACGUAUUCGAGCUUUAGUCAUUCUCUCUCCGUUUGUAUAUGUUUGUUUGUCUAUCAAGGGCAUUAUAAUAAUGAUGGAACUGCGGCUAUAUAAUUAUUCGUCUGCGUUGUCAAAACUGUCACGCAUGCGCAAUUUUGCAGGUGAACGAGCCCCACCUCCUAUGACGUAAUUAUUUUGUUUGCGAGUCAACGAGAAGUGUGCAUGUUGCAAAAAAACGUCGAUUCGACUAUAUAUUACCGGGAAGAGACGUGGAAGAAGGCUUUUGGACGACCUCGGAUCAACCAUGGUCUGCCACUACUGGCUACCGGGGCUUCUGUUGCUCUGCCAGUUGGUGGCAUCAGAAUCUUUGACAAUAUACUACAGGACUCCCUCUGUCGGAGGUAUAGGUGGAGGUACGGUACUGAGCAUCGAGGGACGAGGCUUCGCCGAAGACGUCUACGCUAGCUCCAACGUCGUCUGGUUGCAGGGAGGAGACGGGACCAAAGUCCUCUGCGACUUUAUCAGCUACACAGCCACCACCUCCCGCAUUCAGUGCCGGACUAGGGCCUACCCCGGAGCCACCGAGGGAGAGGAUUCCCCACCUCUCAAGAUAGCCGUUGCCACCGGCUCUCAGACCCUCGUAUCCACCUACACCUUCACCUACAGAUGGAGAUACACUUUCUCAGUUCAGACGGUGUACCCAAGUUCAAGUCCUCCGGGCUCUCUCAUAGAGCUGGCUGGUAAUCUCCCUGGAACCACCUACACCUACGACAGACUAUACAUGGGAGACCUGCAGUGUGACCACAUUAACAGCGGCACUGGGCUCGCCUACGGCCUCCGCUGGUACCAGAGCAAGCGCCACGCCAAGUGCAGGGUCGAGAACCAGAUGGUGGGAGCUUACAAUGCCAGCAUACAGUUCAGAGACUGGGGCAAUACGUACGGAUCAUCGUGGAACCACAGCGAAGCAAUGUACCUCAUGUUUGAUGGGUCUCUGGGCAUGUUCGAGGUUUUUCCAGACAUCCAUUCUGUCAAUCCACACACUGGCAGUAGACUCGGGGGAACAUUCAUCACAAUCAAAGGCUCAGGAUUCGGUACCAGUUCCCUGGAUAUCGAGGUCGAUGUGGACGGUGUUCCAUGCCAGGUUCUCUCCCUCAAUGCCACGCACAUUCAGUGCUGGACAGGUCGUCCCCAUGACAACGACCUUUCAAUUGCUGACGAUGAUGGGACUUUCAGUAUAACUGCUUCUGGACAUAGGUUCAAAGGGUCUCGUGGAGUGAGUGUCAGGACCUACACCACUGGGUCCAUUAGCAGUCUGGAGUCACUCCGGAGUCACUCCACUUACCCCGACAGCCCCAACUUUUACUCCGUCUACCCAUCUUACACUUCCCACACCUACAACCGGAGAAACUACUAUGGCGAGAGACUGGAGGCUUUCUUUAACCCCCAAGCCACUGGAGACCACUCAUUCUUUGUGGCUGCUGACAGGCUGGCUGAGAUGCAGUUUACCAGUGGAUCCAACAUCAACAACCUUGGCCCGCCAGUGGCCAGUACUAACUAUGCUAGUGGGUGGAUGAACUACUACAGUCAGAGUGAAAACCAGCGCUCAGAGAAGAUGAUGCUGGAGGAAGGACACGACUACCUUCUUGUCAGCGAGUUUGCUGAUAAUAGUGGGCACGACUACAUCAAUGUGGCUGUGCUGAUGCAUGAGACUCCAUACACCUACUCCCAAACCCAGCAGUCCAACAGAGAGCGUCAGCUCAUCUCUCUCUCCACCACAGUCCGCUACGAGACACAGUCUCUCCGCGUCGUCCUCAAUGCCAGCCAACUGCUGCCAGCUGAGAGUGGGAGUGAGGAAGAGGAACACGGUGUCCUGCUGGGUUGGGGUGGCGAUAAGAGAGCCUUGGUGACUGCAGCUGAUCUUCUCAAUAAUCCAAAUGACACAGUGGCCUCGGCUCUCCUAUCUCUCUUCUGGGCCGAGUGUUCAUAUCUCACAGAGUCCAGUAUAUUCCACAUCAAAAACUGGAACGACGCAGUCUACGGGUUCGAGGACGAGACUCAUGCCAGUGACGACGACGUUGCGCUGUGGCAGGGAUGGGAUGGGGACGCCCCAGCAGUGGUACGGAACCAGUCCCUAUGUGGAAGGAGCUCUCUCUACCUCAGAGAAGGACGGAGUCUAGUGUUCAACUUGCCAGAAGAUAGUAAUUUAGCUAUUGAACUGGAGGACUACCCAUACUACAUGUGUAUGGGCUACAAGCUGCCACCUGGCUACGCGUUCUCCCUCAUGUUUCGACUGAGUGGGUUCGGUUACUGGCUGUCUGCCUACUUCAAUCGCGACAUCACAGGCAUCUCUUCGGUUAGCUUGGGCGAGAUUUCAACCUGACAGCAAUGCAGACAUGAUCAAGAUGUGAUCAGUGGCACUAUCACCUGCAUCGACCUACAGGCCAUCAUAGCCAAUGGGUUUCUCCCCACCAGACAGCUACGAGUACCAAUGGUGUCCACAUCCUGGAUGGGUUCGGGUGUCUACGCAGACGAGAUCCUGCGUCACGAGGGUUCUACGUGGACGAAUUCUCAUUCGCACACCUUUGCAAGAACACUGGACAUUGAGACUUAUGUUUCCUCCCUCAUCUGCUAAUGGAAUAAUUCUUGAGAACAUCACUGCCACCAUGAGAGUGCUGCCCUUGGCACACGUGUGUGGUUGCUGUGACGGUAACUGGAGUUUAUCCCCUCGAUUGUGGCUACGACAUUCACUCCAUUCUCUGCCGAGUUGACCAAUGAGCU